AUGGUAGAAAAUAAGUGUGAUUACAAAUUUAUUAAGCUAAACAUAGGCAGUGCUUCCUAUAGACUUCCAGAAAUAAACUUUAAUCAGCCACCUUUCAGAGGCAAAAUGAGGGUUUAAAAACCCAAGGAUGUCUAUGCAGAAAAUCCUAAUUUGGCUUAUAAGCUGCAAGCACAAUAAGUAAACCAAUCAAAAAAAGACAAGUCAACUAAGACUCAUAUUGUUUGUAUUCCAUUAAAUUUCGAUGAAAUUAUACCAAAUUACGAGGCAAUGGUGGACAAGAUCAAGGCAAUGAAUGUAGAAGGAGUAAGUGAUAACUACUUCACUAGCUCUAAUCUCCUACAUGUUACACUUCAUACUUUUAACUUCACUGACGAUGAGAAUACACUUUCUAAGGCCAAGAGCAUUUUGAUAAAGAAUUAACUGUAUAUCUAAUAAGAGAUAUUAGGCGCAUGUGAGGGAUAGAACCCUAAGCCUUUUUACCUGACACUUAAAGGACUUAAAACAUUUUAAACUGAUGAUCCCACGAAAGCAUAAGUUCUCUACUGUGAUUUUAAAAGAGAUGAAGGGUAUGCAAAGCUUCAGAAGAUUGCAAGUAAAAUUAUUUAUGAGUUUUUGAAUGAGAGAAUUAUUGAAAACCAUUAACUCAAAGACAUUCCAUAUGAUUUUGAAACUGAGUUAUGGGAUGUUAAAUUCCAUAUGACUAUCUUGAAGUGCUACAAGUCUAAGAACCAGUCGUUCAACGCUAAAAAGAUUAUUGAUUAACUAGGAGAUAUUUCAAUUGGAGUAGUAAGCCCUCUUGAAGUUCAACUUAAUAACAUUCACUAUAUUGAUACAUACACUGGUAAGAAAAUCAAGAGGACUGAAAAGGGAGUUAAUCAUGAUGAAGAAGGCUUUUAUGCAUGCGAUGCCAAAAUUUACUUGUAAAAUGAAUGA